AUGGAGCUGCGAGGGAUCCAAGAAACAGAGGUUCAGAGCCCUGCCGAUCAGGCGCCACAUGCGUUUGAUGGAAUCAGCGCCAAAAGCUCCAAGGCCAAGAUUGCUGCUGCAAAUGCUGUCCAGUUUCUUGCAGGAAUGAAUGGCAAUGGCCGGCUUGCUGGAGCCUUUACCAAUGUCCACAUCAGCGCUCGUCUCGGAAUCGGUGGCACUCUUGUCGUCGGUUCAAUCAGUCAGAUAUUGGCUUAUGCAUUAGUGCUUUGGAAACCACCAUUUCCGCUCUUUGCCUGCUCCUUCUUCUUUUCUGGUCUCGGCGUUGCGUAUCAAGACGCUCAGUCCAAUGCCUUUGUCGCCAAUCUGGACAAUGCAUAUCGAUGGCUGGGCAUACUUCAUGCCAUAUUUGGCGUUGGAGCUCUUGUAAGCCCCUUGGCUGCGACUGCGAUUGCUUCAAGAACACCACACUGGCACUAUUAUUUUAUAAUUCUCCUUGGCCUUGCCAGUGCCAAUCUGGUCGUGAUUAUCUGGGCGUUUUGGCCCAGUCUCUUGAAAGUGCAACCUUCAAAGUCAACGGAUAGUCCUAGCAAGGAGCUGUGGACAGCAUUGACGCAACGACCUGUGUGGGUAUUGAGCGGGUUCUUCUUCCUCUACGUUGGUGCUGAGAUCACUGCUGGAGGAUAUGUCGUCGAGUUCUUGAUAUCAGUCCGAAAUGGCGAGCCGAGCUCCGUUGGCUACGUUGCAUCCGGAUUUUGGGGAGGUCUGGCGCUGGGACGUGUAGUUUUGGCGGACAUAACCAACAUACUCGGGGAACGACGCAUGAUAUUUGUCUACAUUGCCAUCGCCAUCGCGCUGCAGCUGCUGUUCUGGCUGGUGCCAAAUAUCAUUGCGAGUGCCGUCGUCGUCAGUUUGUUGGGAUUCAUCAUUGCGCCAUUCUUUCCCGUUGGUAUCUCGGUAUUGAUCAAGUUACUUCCAAAGGAAUUACACGUCGCAGCAGUUGGUUUGACUGCCACUAUUGGCCAGGCAGGUUCCGCUGCCUUCCCCUUCAUGACCGGGGCGAUUGCUUCUGCAAAGGGUGUUGGCGUUUUACAGCCGAUUAUGAUUGCACUGCUCGGAGGAAUGUGUGUUCUCUGGUUCCUGAUGCCUCGGGUUUCAGAACACCCAGAGUGA